AUCAAAGCGAAAAAUUUUUUUUUUCUAAAAUGAUUGAAAAAGAGAUCUUAUCAAGAUUUGAGAAAUCGAAUAACAAAAAGAACUGCCCAUGAAUUCAAAGUAUAUGAAUUUAGGAAUUGGAAUACCUACACUUAUACCAACAUUUUUAGAUCUAAAUAUUACAAUAUAUUUUCAUACCGAAAUAGUUGUUGUUGGUCUAGUUAAUUAUCCUAUAAAAGGAUAAGAAUUAGGAGAUUUAGUUAAUGCAGGAAAAGAAUCUAUUACUCUUAAUUUAUGUUCAUCAAAAUUCCUAGUAGUGGAUUAUUUGGAAUGGUAGGAGGAGGCCAUCCUGAUUUAACUGUAUUAGGAGAUAUAUAAAUAAAUAAAUAAGGUGAUAUUGCUAAUUGGGUUAUACAAGGAAGAAUGGUUAAAGGAAUGGGAAGUACUAUGGAUUUAAUUGAUUCGGGUUCUAAAGUUCUUGUUGUUAUGGAACACAUUGCAAAAGGAGAAAAAAAUUAUUGAAUGACAUCACUCUCCCUAUUACAGGACUUAAAAGAGUUGAUUAAUUUAUCACUGGUAAUUAUUUAUAUAUUAUUCUUUAGACAAAGCUGUUUUAUUAAAAGAAAUGAACAAUUAAUUUUGACUGAAAUAGCAGCUGAUACUAAUUUAGAAUGGGUAAGAGCUAACACUGGAUUUCAAUUCACUAUUGC